UUUUUACUCCCGACGAUGUCGUCGUCCUCUCACAGUGUCAUGGCAGAGGUGCUGGGACAGUGGUGUUUAUUUGGCCUUGGUGUCUUGUUGGCUUGGCUUGUUCUUUUCCAUCUGCUUGUCAACAUCUGGCUGUUGUGCGUGUUUACCAGCCUCCUGGUUGUACUUGGGGGCUGGUUGGGCUCACAGGCCAUCUUGGAAUCCAACAGUGUAAUUCACCUGGAGCGAUUUAUCACUCUGGGACAGAUUUCUUCCUCCAUGAAGGAUGAACAUGAUUUGGACCAAGAAAUCCACAAUUCAGUGAGAAAGAUUAUCAGGGAUUUUGUUUCCUCUUGGUACUCGGCUGUGUCCUCCGAAAGUGGCUUUGAAAAAGAAGUUCAAGAGGCCAUGAUUUCCAUGGGCAUGGAGUUAAAGAUGCGUGCAAAGCAAUUGGACAGAAAGAAACUAACCCAGAGGAUCUUGGAAAUGUUUGGCUGCCAUCUGCAGGACUACCUUCGAGCCAAGGAGCUUGUUGCCCAGCAGCAAAUGUCUCCAACUACAAAAGGGAAUAAUGAGAGGGGAAAGUUGUGGUUGGCAUAUUCCAGAGUUACUACACCUCACUGUGUUAUGACCAGUGAGACAGUGGAAGUCAAUUACACUAGAUCACUAGUGGACUUAUUGCUGCACGUUUUGGUUCCCGCGCCUCACUUAGAAACGGACACCGGGCGAUUUGUUGUGAGAGAGCUAAUCACCUGCAAUGUCCUACUCCCUCUUUUUGAUAAAAUAUCUGACCCUGAUUGGCUGAAUCUUUUCUUAAUAGACAUAAUUGACAGUUCUAAUAAAGCCGACGAACUGAGUGGAGAAGAUAUUCUGGAUUUGUCCUUACCACUUCCCCGUGCGGAACUGGACUUUAGUCUGGCCCAAGAGACCACAUUCAAGCACCAAAACAAUGCUGACGCCCCUCAUCCAACAGCUCAAAUAGAAAGAGACAAUUAUGUUGAGAUGGUCACUCCUCAACACUCAACGCAGGAUGUGGAACAUUCAGAGGUUGACUGUCAACAGAAUAAUAUCGAAGAAGAAACCCUGAAAAAUUCUGUACGUGGAAUCACCUCGAAUCCGUUUUACCAAGAAAAUGAUUCUGACUUGGACUCUCCAUUAGCGGACAACAGAGGGAGUUCCGUUGACUCUCUGGUCAUGAUAGGACAAGAGGAUGAUUUGUAUGACCAACAGAAAGAAUUUGGAACUGAGAGCAGUAAUGGUAACGACUUGGAGGGUCUUUGCCCUGAUCAACUAGAUGCCUUCUGUCCUAGAGUCUUAGUACAUUCAGAGACAUAUGAGCCUACAAAUGGCUCACUGGAAAGAACAACAAGGAACAUUCCCAUCAGGAGCCAGCAGAACUUGGAGAGUGAUGUCAGCUUCUCUUCAACAAACCAAGCAAGGGGGCUUCCUUUGGUUGUUGAACCCAUCGGGAAUGCAAAUGAUUUGACUGUCAUGAGCCCAUUGCAUGGUUCUUCCCCAUUGCCUUCAUUCAGUUUUGAGCCACUAAGUAGCCCCGAUGGACCAAUCAUUAUCCAAAACCUUCGUAUCACCGGCACUAUUACAGCUAAGGAACACCGAGGCACCGGCUCACACCCUUACACUCUUUACACAAUCAAGUAUGAGACCGCAAUGAGUUGUGAGAACCCUGGGCGUAUUCAUCCAAACUCAGAGGAUGGGGACACAUUGCACUCAGGUUUUGAAAGUCCAUCUUCUGUUCAACCAGUUGCCUAUCACAUGGUCAACAGACGUUACAGUGAAUUUCUUAACCUACAAGCACGUGUGGAAGAAAGAACUGAACUAAAGAAACUCAUCAAAGGUGUCAAAGGUCCAAAGAAAAUAUUCCCAGACAUGCCCUUUGGAAACAUGGACAGUGAGAAGAUAGAGGCCAGAAAAGGAAUGCUUGAGACCUUUCUGAAGCAUCUUUGUGCUAUUCCUGAAAUAGCCAACAGUGAACAGAUGCAGGAGUUCCUGGCUCUAAAUACAGAUGCCCGGAUUGCCUUUGUCAAGAAACCUUUUAUAGUUUCACGCAUUGACAAGAUUGUGGUGAAUGCAAUUGUGGACACACUGAAGACAGCAUUUCCUCGUUCAGAGCCUCAGAGCCCAACUGAGGAAAAUGAAGGAGAGGUGGAUGGGGGAAAACCUAUUACUGACAAAAAGAGCAAAUCCCGUCUGAAAUUCUCCAGCAAAAACAUCCCAUUUUUGAAUGGCUCAGAUAUCGAACAACCUGUGUUGUUUAGCUUGGAGCAAACCCAUACUAUGUUUAAUGGAAUGUCUUUGGAGGAUCUGCAAAAUUUUAUAUACAAACAAGAGAAUCUGUCUAUCACUUUAACACCAAAUUGUGCGGAAGGUCCAACCAUGACACAAUACGGACAUUGCCAGCAAGACUGUACCAUUGGAAAAGAAAGUCAAGGAAAUGCUGGCACAGGUGCAGCUGAGAUGGAAUUGGCUGACGUAGCAUUGAACAUCCUGUGUCUGCUCAUGAGAGAACAGUGGAGCUGGCUGUGCACUGAGAACAUUCAAAGGACCAUCAGACUGCUAUUUGGAACCCUAAUUAACAGAUGGCUGGAUGUGAGUGUGGCCAAUCUGACCAGUACUAGAUACUGGGUCCAUUACCUUCAGGUCAUCCAGGAGUCUGUGUGGCCAGGAGGAGUUUUGCCUGCAUCGCCUCAAACAGAACGAAGUCGGCAGCAGAAGGACAACACCAAGAAACAAGCCUUGUAUUGUCUGAUGAGUCUAUUGCCAGACUUAAUCACAGACUUGCUCAACUCAGACAAGUACAAAUUCAGUUGGCAGACUGUUCUUGAUUCUUUCCAAGACCCCAACAUUAACAGACACUUGGUUUACUGCAUUUGUGACCUUCUAUUGGAGUUCCUGGUUCCUGAAUUACCUGAGAAAAGCUUUCAAAGGAGUUUACUACAGAGCCUCUCAAAAAACCCAGAAAAACUCUUAGCGUGA